GAGAUGGAUUCUUCCAAACAGAAUUGUUUACAUUAGCGUAAAGUAAACAUUGAAUAUUUUGAGAGUUCGGUACCUUUUUUCAAAUUCGCAGGUGGAAAAAGCUGUUCACAAUGGACACUUCCGUGUUCCAAGUUUCCGCUGUUGAAAUCAAAGACGAACCUGAAUCCGACGAGGAAGCUUUCGAGGCCAUGGAAUUUGUCGAGAUCGACGGCAUCCAGCUGGUUGAUCAAAUCAAGACCGAGUGUGAUAAGGAAGCUGAAGAAUCUUCCGAGGACGUUAUUUUGUACCUGGAGAGAAAACUGAAAGAAAUCGCCCAGAACAAUGCUGGGGAGGGUUUUCUGUUCCAGAUAAGUGACCGGGAGUACUUGGCGUUAAGUGUCCGGAAGAUCUUCUUCAUGGCAAGGUUGACCAAACUGGUUCAAGGCUAUUGUAGCAAAAGUUUGCGACUGUACAAGGUUUGCAACGGAUGUGGCUUCAAGGCGAUUCAGGAGAAGGACAUGGACAAACACUUUGAGGGUUGUCCGAACGGGUCAUACCACCAUGCGUUGGGGACGUUCGUCGCUGUCGCGAAAUAUCUUCAGUGUGGCACGUGUUGCUACCGAUCGAGCGUGAGGUACAACAUUCUGAGGCAUCAGAAGAAACUUGGCCACGUUGGGAUCAAGAAGGUCGUUGAGGGAAUCUCCACCGUGGAAGAGUCGUUGGAAAUCAAUUCGCAAGAAAUAAUCAAAAGUCUUCAGACCAAACUAGAGCAAGAAGCUAAAAAAGGCAGGAAGGACUUUUUGCUGCGAAUAUCGAAAGAAGAGCUAGCCGCUAUUUGCGAAACAAAGUUCUCUAUAAUUACCAGGUUGAGCAACACCGUGAGAAGUCACUGCGAUAAGGACGUCAAACAUUACCAGGUUUGCGACGGCUGCGCAUUUAAAGCUAGCCGCGCCGACGACAUGAAGCAGCACUUUGAAAGUCGAUCCUGUUCAUCCUAUUACGACGCCAUCGGAACGUGCCCCAAACGGAAUCGGCGCGCCGCCCUUCUGCAGUGCAACAACUGCGACUUCAAAACCGACCAAAGUGGCAACAUGCGACGGCAUCUGGUAAUGCGAGGCCACGAAGGCUUCGAAAAGAGCAAACGUCCACCAAAAAUACCAAAACGGAAGCCCGCACCGGUACACAUCGUUCCGUGUCCUCACUGCGGCCUCCAAAUGCCAUCGAGCACCAAAAAUCGUCACAUUCAGAUGUACUGCAAAGUACUGCACAAGAAAGCUCCAAAACUGAGCACCGAUUACGACGUUCCCGUGGACGAGUUGGGCACGAUGAACUGUGAGGAUUGUGGGAAAGUCUUCAACCAGUACUAUUACAUGACGAGGCACAUUGCGAACGGGUGUCCGGUGCUGCGGAAGCGGAAGAUGGAGGAGAAUGCCCGUGGGAAGCGCAAGUAUCAACGGAGAGCGAGAGAGGUUGGGAAGGCGACUGAGAUUGAAGCGGAACCGGUGGAGCGAUGCUGAAAACGUGGUGCAAUAUUAGAAAUAAAUUGCUAUAAUGUUUAGAUAUUUUGUUCUGUAAGAAAUAAACAAAGAUUUAUACAAUAGUAA